AUGUCCAUCAGAUGGCUAGACUCUGGAGUAGCGCGACCUAACUCUCAACAGCUAAGGAUCAAAAAGGAUAACAAAGGACUUCCGGUCCAGUUGAUUGUUUCUCUGUCAAGUUCAAAGCAUUCAGAAAGAUGCACCGUCUGUCAACGCAGCUCCCAAGAAGACGCGCUGCAUGUAACAUAUUUAAGCAAUAACAGCACUUUCUUUAAUAGGAUGCUGUCCUAUUUCCAGACAACCUUUCGCCCUGGGUGGCGGCAGUCGACAAGGGCUGCAGCCGCCAAGGAAGGUCAUAAAAACGCCAGGGAACUGGGAGUGACGCCGGGACGCUGUGAGUCGUAAAAGCAGUUGAAAUUCCGUGCGUGCUGAGGGUCGGCCGUGUUUAUAAAUACAA